AUGGAAUUGGGUAGGUACCUGGAAAGAAUUCAGAAAAACUUCAAGCAAGCAUAUAAAAGUUGUCAUGACAAAAAAAAAGAAAGAGAUUUAUCAUCAUAUUCUUUUAAAACAAUUAAAUGGACACAUUCGAUUUGGUUAGGUGAACCCGUGAGAAGUCCGAGACUUUUCUGGAAUCCAAAAGAAAAUUCUAUAGAAUUUAAAAUAGAAGCAAACACAAUCGGUUGCAUUCUUAUACAAUUUAAUGAUAAUGAUUUUAUUAUACUUUGGAUUGAUGAUACUUCUGGAAAACCUCACAUAGAAGAUUGCCACCUUGGAAACGAUUCGAAAAUUUUAUUUCGAGAUGAAGAAGAAAAUUAUAAAUUAUUGGGAGGAUAUCAAAAUUUAACACAUACACAAAUUUCAUUCGAAAGAAAAUGGAAUACUUGCGAUGUUAACGAUACCGUUUUGGGGUCUGAUACAGUUUUAGUAGGAUGGUCGAUAUAUCCAAACGAUGAAUUUGAUAAAAAUAUAUCUAAACUUUAUACUGAAGAAGAAGAAGGAGGAGGAGGAGGAGGGGAUGUUUUUGACGGUGUGUUUAAGGGAGAAAAAUUUAUUUUAUUACAAAGUCCUUCUCAAUUGGAUAUUCCCAAAGGACAUAAUGUACACAAAUGGGAUAUACUCAUGCGAAACGUUGUUAUCAGUAAUAAAACGACAACAAGGUAUUGGUGUAAGGUUUUUAGAACUCCUUCACUUCCCAAAAAGAGUCACAUAAUCGCAUACGAACCAAUGAUUUUAUCCAAUUAUACUCAAUUAAUUCAUCACAUGUUUUUAUACGAAUGCGAAGCACCACCGGGAUUUUUAGAUAGUUAUUCAUCAUCAAAUCAAAAUGGAUAUCCUUGUUACGGUUCUGAAAUGCCAGAAGAUUGGGAAAAAUGUAUCACACCCGUACAUCAUAUAGGUUUACCAAUAGGUCCUCGACAGUCUUAUUUCAUGUUAGAAAUACAUUAUAAAGAUCCAGGAACAACAUCAGUUAUAGAUAAUUCAGGAUUUAGAAUUUACUACACGGAAGAUUUAAGACCUUUUGAUGCUGGAGUUAUGAUGACCGGUGUUAAAGUGACACCUUUACAUUUGGUACCUCCUCAACAAAACGAAUAUAAAUCAAUUGGAUUGUGUAAUGACGUUUGCACCAAUAAACUUUUUCCACUCAUGGGUAUAAAAGUUGUUUCUGUACUUUUACAUUCGCACGUGCCAACGUCAUCAAUGAGAUUAAGACACAUACGUGGUGAUAAUGAAAUUAAUAACAUUGUUGAAAAUAAUAAAUAUCAAUAUGAAUAUCAAGUUAAUCAAAGACUUAAAAAAGAAGUAACGGUUUUCCCAUCCGAUCAUUUAAUUACUGAAUGUGAUUACAUAACUACAAACAUGGAAUCCCCUGAAUUUGGUAAAAAAUUUUCGAGAGAAGAAAUGUGUUCGUCAUUUGUCACAUAUUAUCCAAAAACAAAUCUUUCAUCUUGUCACAGCAUGAUUCCAGUACGUUAUUUUUUCAAAACAAUCGGAAUCAAAUCUUUUUACAAUGUUACCAUGGAUGAUAUUGAAAAAUAUAUAAUGAAAAUUAGUUCAAAUAAAAUUUAUAAAUUUUCAAUGUUGUCACCGUACUUAGGAGGUUAUAAUUCGGAAUUAAAUAAUUUUUCAACCCUUUUAAAAAUGUUUUCCGACGAAAAUAGUUUAUUAAAACUUAAAAUAAAUGAACCGAAUGAAUUUAAGGGUAAAAAUUUAAGCGCAUAUAUUGAAUCUCUUCCAUGGAACGAUACGUCAUUUACAAAAAGUUUUGAAAAUAGUUUAGCUAAAGGACUUCAAAUUGUUUUUUGCAGAAUAAGAAAUAAUAAAUUGGCCAUUGUGAGCACCGAAUAUAGAAAGUUUUCCAAAAUUUGA